AUGAACAAGUAUCGCGUCCUCUGUCUGCACGGCUACCGCCAGGACGCCCUGAAGCUGCGCGGCCGCAUCGCCGCCCUUCGUCGCACGUUCAAGUCCAGCGUCGAGUUCGUCUGCCUAGAUGCGCCGUUCGACGUGCCCUACCAGCCCACGUCAGAGGAGCACGCCAAUAAUGGCGAGACGGGAGAUAACGUCAAGCAGCUCAAGUGGUUCGACUUCAUUCGUGAUGAGGAGACAGGCCAGUACCUGCUGGAGCGUGUGGACGAGGCUGUGGAGUACGUCGCGAGCUUCGUGAAGAAAGAGGGGCCUUUCGACGGCAUCUUCGGCUUCAGCCAGGGCGGUACCAUGGCGUCGCUGAUUUUGCAGAGACAAGUGAGCACGCCGGAGUCGCCCUUUGAGUUCCGAUUCGCCUUCUUCGUUUCGGCAGGGGCUUGUGGCGACCCCAAGUACGCUACCGACGUCAAGGUGGAUCUGCCGUCGCUGCAUGUUAUCGGGGAGACGGAUGCUGUGGUGGACAACGAGCGCAGCCUUGCACUCCGCGACCUCUUUGUCGACGCCAAGCUGCUGAUGCACCCUGGAGGUCACUACAUCCCCACCAACAAGGAGCCCAAGGACGCGUUCCGAGCCUUCUUAAAAGAGCUUCAGGACGCCGAUGAAAAGCAGUAG